GAUACCACCUCCUCCGUGCUUUCGCCACCAUUUCCUUACUCGCCAGUUAUACUUGGCUGGGGAAGUAAGUGAGCUUUUCUGAUCGCCGCAAGCCAACGGCCUGGUUUCCCUUUGCGGCUUUGCCCUUUUCUGUCUGGCCCGGCCGGAUGCUCCGUUAGCCCGUUAAAACCCGGCGGGUUGCCCGGUUGAAACCAUGCAUCGAAGGUUGCUCCCUCUCCAGCAUCCCCUGCAAAAGAAGCACAAGUUGACAAAAUCUCGAGUCAUCGGCCUUAUCCAUCAAAAGAAUGGCAAUUUUCUAUUCCAAUAAUAGACAGUGACUCACUGGACUCUUUUAUUCCCUCACUGAAACCUAUUUCCAUGGCGUGAAUUCCUAUAUAUACCUCCGUCAGUCUACUUCUUCUACUGCAGCCCCCUCUCUCUCUCUCUGUAUUUCUCGAUGGAGAAGAAGACUGAGCUUAGAAUGAGCCCAUGGUUGUUCUCCGCUGCUCUUUUUUGCACGAUUCUGCUAUCGAUUCCAUGCGGGGAAUCCAAAUUCAUGGUUUACAACACUUCACAAGGAAUAGUUCCUGGGAAGCUUAAUGUCCACCUGGUUCCCCAUACCCACGACGAUGUUGGGUGGUUGAAGACCGUUGACCAGUACUAUGUUGGCUCCAACAAUUCCAUCCAGGGUGCCUGCGUGCAGAACGUUUUGGAUUCUCUGAUUCCGGCAUUGCUGGCUGACAAGAAUCGCAAGUUCAUCUACGUUGAAAUCGCAUUUUUCGAAAGAUGGUGGAACGAGCAGAGUGAAACAAUGAAGCACGUAGUCAAGCAGCUUGUGUCAUCAGGGCAGCUAGAAUUCAUAAAUGGGGGAAUGUGCAUGCAUGAUGAGGCGGUGACCCAUUACAUUGACAUGGUUGACCAAACGACUCUUGGACACAGGUUCAUCAAAAGGGAAUUUGGUGUGACACCAAGGAUUGGUUGGCAAAUCGACCCUUUUGGACAUUCUGCAGUCCAGGCAUACUUGCUGGGAGCUGAGGUUGGUUUCGACUCCUUUUUCUUUGGCCGGAUAGAUUACCAGGACAGGGAAAAACGUAAGGGUGAGAAGAGUCUCGAAACGGUGUGGCAGGGUUCCAAGAGUCUUCCUGCAUCAAAGAUUUUUGCUGGUGCAUUCCCAACAAACUAUGAGCCUCCACCUGGUGAUUUCUACUUUGAAGUUAAUGAUCCCUCCCCUGUAGUUCAGGAUGACAUCAAUUUGUUUGAUUAUAAUGUUCCGGAUCGAGUAAAUGACUUCGUUGCUGCUGCCAUAUGGCAGGCGAACAUUACUCGAGGAAACCAUGUUAUGUUUACUAUGGGAACAGAUUUCAAGUAUCAGUAUGCAAACUCUUGGUUUCGCCAGAUGGACAAGCUGAUUCACUAUGUGAACAUGGAUGGACGUGUAAAUGCUCUCUACUCUACCCCAUCCAUAUAUACUGAUGCCAAGCAUUCUGCAAAUGAGGCAUGGCCACUAAAGACCGAAGACUUUUUCCCCUAUGCAGACCGUGCAAAUGGUUUCUGGACAGGAUACUUUACGAGUCGACCAGCCUUGAAACGCUAUGUCAGAGUGAUGAGUGGCUAUUACUUGGCUGCAAGGCAACUAGAGUUUUUCAAUGGAAAGAGUAAGCUUGGUCCUAAGACCGACUUGUUGGCAGAUGCACUGGCAAUUGCCCAGCAUCAUGAUGCUGUUGCUGGGACAGAAAAGCAACAUGUAGCUAAUGAUUAUGCCACACGGCUUGCAAUUGGGUACAAAGAGGCAGAAAAGGUAGUUGCAACUUCACUCAGUUGCUUGUUCGAAUCCCAGUCUCGUACAGGAUGUCAGAGCCCAACCAUUAAAUUUGAAGAGUGCCCCCUUCUGAAUAUAAGUUACUGCCCUGCGUCCGAGAACACCCCUCUUGGAAAGAAGUUGGUGGUUGUUGUCUACAAUUCUCUUGGUUGGUUAAGAGAUGAAGUGAUCAACAUACCGGUUACUAGCGAUAACGUAAUUGUGCGUAAUCCCGAGGGAAAAGAAGUGGAAGCUCAACUCAUUCCUGUGGUGGAUGCCUAUCUAAGCUUGAGGAACUUCCAUGUUCAGGCAUACCUUGGUACAAAGCCAGCAAAAACACCUAAAUAUUGGCUUGCAUUCAGGGUCUCUGUCCCACCUUUUGGUUUCAGCACAUACACAAUCUCCGACGCCAAAAUUGCAGGUGCUCACUCAACUAAUCCAUCUGUAUACAAAUCCAAAAGAAGCCUGAAAUCUGCAACUGAAGUGGGGCAGGGAAAUUUGAAACUCAGUCGUUCAGCUUUUGGUGGGAAGCCAACUAGUUACACUAAUAGUAGGAACUCAGUGAAGGAGCAGGUCUAUCAGACCUUUUGUUUCUACGGUGGAUAUAAUGGAACCAACGACAAAAGCCCUCAAAAUGGCGGGGCAUACAUCUUUCGACCAAAUGGGACAUAUCCCUUAGAACCUGAAAAGCAGGUUCCGUUGGCCGUCAUUCGUGGGCCGGUGGUAGAGGAAAUUCACGAACAGAUCAAUCAAUGGAUAUAUCAGGUUACGAGACUAUACAAAGGAAGUGAGCAUGUUGAAGUGGAGUUUAUAGUCGGCCCGGUACCCAUUGAUGAUGGAAUCGGGAAAGAAGUUGUAACUCAGAUAACAACUUCCAUGAAAACCAAUGGAACAUUCUACACAGACUCAAAUGGACGUGACUUUAUCAAAAGGAUUCGUGAUUAUAGAACAGAUUGGAACCUGGAAGUGACUGAACCAGUUGCUGGAAAUUAUUAUCCGCUUAAUCUUGGAAUUUAUGCCAAAGACGACAAAAAAGAACUUUCAGUUCUUGUGGAUCGAGCUCUUGGAGGAGGUAGCAUAAAGGAUGGACAAAUAGAACUGCUACUCCAUAGGAGACUUCUACUCGAUGAUUCCAGAGGUGUUGAUGAGGCACUUAAUGAAACAGUUUGUGUUCAUAACAAGUGCAUGGGAUUAACGAUCCAAGGAAAAUACUAUUACCGAAUCGACCCCCUAGGAGAAGGUGCUAAGUGGCGCCGAUCAUUUGGCCAGCAGAUAUAUUCACCUUUGCUGCUAGCCUUUGCAGAAGAGGAUGGAGAUAAGUCCACAAACUCUCACGUAGCCACCUUUUCGGGCUUUGCGCCCUCCUACAGUUUACCUGAUAAUGUUGCUGUCAUAACCCUCCAGGAACUAGAUGAUGGGAAGGUGCUUCUUCGAUUAGCCCAUCUAUACGAGGUUGGAGAGGACAAGGAUCUUUCAGUCAAGACAAAUGUAGAACUAAUGAAAUUAUUCCCGGGAAAGAAGAUAGGGCAGGUGGUCGAAACGAGCUUGUCUGCCAACCAAGAAAGGUCGGAGAUGGAGAAGAGGAGGCUUGUGUGGAAAGCGGAGGCAUCAUCAUCAGAUGGAACUGCGAGAAGGGGCAGGCCGAUCGAUUAUACGAAGCUGGAGGUGGAGUUGCUGCCUAUGGAAAUUCGGACCUUUCUCAUUGACAUGGUUGCAGAUACCCUGAAGGCCACGGUUCUAUGAAGUGUUUAGAUUGUGGAGAAGUUGAGAGAGAUGAAAUGAGAGGGCUUUCUUGUAACAUGAUACGGAUUCAAUCAAUCCACCUGUAUUUUAUGGCUUAGCUUCAGCAGAAAACGGAGAGAAAAAAUAAAAUUUGUCUGCUUUGAUCUCUGCCUUACGUUUGCAACAAAAGAGAAGAGGAGAGAACAUAGGCUCUAGUAAGAAUGAGAACCCAGUGGUGGCUAGCAUUUCGAAACGUUUCGAGGUGUCAAAACUAAAAACGAAUGUGAGAAAUUGUCGAGAAAUAGACAGGCGAGAUGGUGAUAUAAGUAAAAUUGCAAUAUAUCCUGCUCGCGAUAUACUGUCUGAAAUGUGAAUAAGGAAUAAGGACCCAU